AUGGACCGGCAGGCAGCUGCUGUCGAGACGACAGUCUCCGCGGUGCCGGAGGCGGGGGAGCCCAACAAGGUUUCGGGACUCGAGAAUAUAAAGGGGAAACCCAGUUCCUCGAAGAAGCGAAUCAAUGUGCGCUCUUUGACUUUGAUGGCUGCGGGAUUCGUAUUGCUGCUUGCAGUGGGCAAGAGUCUCGCUCCUUUUGUGAAAGGCGCUCCCCGUCCAGCCUUCCUUGUACGUGAUCAGCCACAGGAACAAAGGCCAGAGCGUGAUGACUGGGGGCUACCUUCACUUGAACACUUCGAACAGACUCUUCCUCCCAAGCUUAGCCAGAGCGUGAUGACUGGGGGCUACCUUCACUUGAACACUUCGAACAGACUCUUCCUCCCAAGCUUAGGCAGGGCAAAGAAGCACUUGCUGCUUGGGCCAACGAGCUCUGCUCUAGCGAAUGCGCGGCCUCUCAACUGGAGCAUGGUAGACACUCCAUUGCCUCAGAAGCUGCGGGUUACCAAAGUUUUGGAUUAUUAUCGCUGGAAUUUAAUGGUGAUUGCCGAAGAUGUCGAGACUAACCGGGAGUAUUCCGUUAAUAUACCCGUCAUUGACAGGGCGGAUUGUGAGGGCUACGACCUAGAAACGUUUCAGCGAUUAGUGCGGCAGACAGCUCGGGAGGAGGAGCAUGCAAUGCUGCAGGCAUGCGGAGAAGACCACCCCUAUGGAGACGUGAGAGGGCAGGAUUGGAUGGAUCAAGUAAAAAACAUAUCAGUGAAUAUUUUGGGAGAUGGGACACGUUCUGACGUUCUGAUGCCGAAACUGAAAGCUGCGAAAGUCCCGAAGAGGUGGGCAGAACUUAUUGUUCGUCUGCUGGAGCCCCAGAGGGGCUACAGGAUUGGUGCCUUCCAAGUCAUCAGGGAGUUUCCAGACCUCAUUGAAAAUAUUUCGAACUAA